AUGAGGCUGUGGCUUCUGAUGGUUGUGCUCUGCACCUGGAUCCUAACAGGGGUGCCCGGAGUUUGGGCCCAGCACAGGGAGAGAGUGACCUGCACACGCCUUUAUGCUGCCGACAUCGUGUUCUUAUUGGACGGCUCCUCAUCCAUUGGCCGCAGUAACUUCCGUGAAGUCCGGGGCUUUCUAGAGGGGCUCAUGCUGCCUUUCUCUGGGGUAGCCAGUGCCCAGGGGGUCCGCUUUGCUACGGUGCAAUACAGCGAUGAUCCACAGACAGAAUUUGGCCUGGAUGCCAUAAGCUCGGGGGCUGAUGCAAUUCGUGCCAUCCGGGAGCUCAGCUACAAGGGGGGUAACACCCGCACAGGGGCUGCACUUCUCCAUGUAGCCGACCAUAUCUUCCUGCCCCAUCUGGCCCGACCUGGUGUUCCCAAGGUCUGCAUCCUCAUCACAGAUGGGAAGUCUCAGGACUUGGUGGGGCCGGCUGCUCAGAAACUCAAGGGGCAGGGGGUCAAGCUAUUUGCUGUAGGAAUCAAGAACGCGGACCAAGAGGAACUCAAGCAAGUGGCUUCACAGCCGACCAACGACUUCUUCUUCUUCGUCAAUGACUUCAGCAUUUUGAGAACACUCUUACCACUCAUUUCCCGGAGAGUGUGUACAACGGCUGGUGGUGUGCCUGUCACUCUACCUCCGGAUGACUCUACCUCUGGUCCUCGGGAUCUAGUAUUGUCCGAGCCAACCAGUCAAUCCUUGAGAGUACAGUGGACGGCGGCUAGCGGUCCAGUGACAGGCUAUAAAAUCGAGUAUACCCCUCUGACCGGGUUGGGACAGCCACUACCCAGCGAGCGGCGGGAGGUGAAUGUCCCUGCUGGUGACACCAGCAUACUACUACAAGGUCUCCGGCCACUGACUGAAUACCAGGUGACUGUGUUUGCUCUCUAUGCCAACAGCCUCGGGGAGGCCGUGCGAGGGACAGCUCGCACCACUGCGGAAGAAGGGCUAGAGCUGACCGUCCAGAAUACCACAGCCCACAGCCUCCUGGUAGCUUGGCGGAGGGUGCCAGGUGCUACCGGCUACCGGGUGACAUGGAGGGUCCUUGGAGGUGGGCCCACACAACAGCAGGAACUGAGCCCUGGGCAUGGGUCAACGUUGCUGCGUGAUCUGAGGCCUGGGACAGAUUAUGAGGUGACUGUGAGGCCCCUCUUUGGCCAAAGAAUGGGACCUGCCACUUCCGUGACUGCUCGCACGGACUUUUCCGUUGAGCAGACUCUACGUCCCACCAUUUUGGGUCCCACAUCCAUUCUCCUAACCUGGAACUUGGUGCCCGAGGCCCGUGGCUACCGGCUGGAAUGGCGUCGUGAGAGCGGCCUAGAGCCAGCCCAGCAGGUGAUGCUACCACCUGAUGUGACCCGCUACCAGCUGGAUGGACUCCAGCCGGGCACUGAGUACCGCCUCACGCUCUACACCCUGUUAGAGGGUCGUGAAGUGGCCACGCCUGCAGCCGUGGUUCCCACUGGGCCAGAGCAACCUGGGAGUUCUGUGAUGGAUUUACAAGCCAUUGAUCUACCUGGACGACGGGUACGAGUGACCUGGAACCCGGUCCCUGGGGCCUCUGAAUACCGCAUCACCGUGCGAGGCACUCAGGGAGUUGAGCGGACCCUGGUGCUUCCUGGGGGUCAGACAGCCUUCAAUUUAGAUGAAGUUCGACCUGGCCUUACCUACACUGUGCGUGUAUCUGCUCGAGUGGGUGCCAGGGAGGGAGGUGCCGGUAUCCUCACUAUUCGCCGAGAUCCAGAAACCCCACUUGCUGUCCCAGGACUACGGGUUGUGGCCUCAGAUGCUACGAGAAUAAGAGUCGCGUGGGGGCCUGUUCCUGGAGCCAGUGGAUUUCGGAUUCGCUGGAGGACAGGCAGUGGUCCAGAGUCCAGCCAGACAUUGCCUCCAGAUUCUACUACUACUGACCUCCUGAAUCUACAGCCCGGAGCCUCCUACCAGGUGUCUGUGUCCGCACUUCGAGGAAGAGAAGAGAGUCCUCCUGCGGUUAUUGUGGCUCAAACUGACGCGGUGGGCCCAGUCAGGACGGUCCACGUGACGCAGACUAGCAGCUCGUCGGUUGCUAUCGCAUGGACCAGGGUUCCGGGUGUCACUGGAUACAGAGUUUCCUGGCGCUCAGGCCAAGGUCCAGAGGACUCUCAGUUGAUUUCUGGGGAGGCCACAGUGGCUCAGCUGGAUGGGCUAGAACCAGAUACCGAGUACACAGUCCACGUGAGGGCCCACGUGGCUGGUGUAGAUGGAGCCCCUGCCUCUGUGGUUGUGAGAACCACCCCUGAGCCUGUGGGCAGUGUGUCAAAGCUACAGAUACUCAAUGCUUCCAGUGACGUUCUGAGAGUCACCUGGGUAGGGGUCACUGGUGCCACGGCUUACAGACUGGCUUGGGGCCGGAGUGAAGGUGGCCCCACGAGACAGCAGGUACUCCCAGGAAACACGGAGUCCGCUGAGAUCCGAGGGCUGGAAGGUGGAGUCAGCUAUUCCGUGCGAGUGACCGCGCUGGUGGGAGACCGAGAGGGUGCACCUGUCUCCAUUGUCGUCACCACACCACCCCAGGUUCCCACACCCCUGGAGACCCUUCAAGUUGUGGGGCGCGGGGAACACUCGCUGAGGCUGCACUGGGAGCGGGUUCCUGGAGCGCAUGGCUACCACCUGCGCUGGAGAGCUGAGGGUGGCCAGGAACAGUCCAGGGUCCUAGGAGCUGAGCUCAGCAGCUAUGACCUGGAUGGGCUGGAGCCGGCGACACUGUACCGUGUGCAGCUGAGUGUCUUGGGACCCACGGGAGAAGGGCCCCCCAGGGAAGUGACGGCAUACACUGAGUCUCCCCGUGUCCCAAGCCCUGAACUCCGUGUGGUCGAUACCUCCAUCAAUUCAGUGACCCUAGCUUGGGACCCAGUGCCUGGAACAUCCAGCUAUAUCCUAUCCUGGCGGCCACUCCGAGGCACUGGCCACGAAGUGCCUGGGGCUUCACAAACACUUCCAGGGAGUUCCAGCUCCCAGCGGGUGACAGGCUUGGAGCCCGGUGUCUCCUAUACCUUCUCUCUCACACCCAUCCAGAGGGGUGCACGGGGUCCCGAGGCCUCUGUCACACAGAAUCCAGCGUGUCCCCGGGGUCUGAUGGACGUGGUGUUUCUACUGCACACCACUCGAGACAACGCUCAUCGCGCCGAGGCUGUGAAGCGGAUUCUGGAGCGGCUGGUGUCUGCACUUGGGCCUCUUGGGCCACGGGCUGUCCAGGUUGGCCUACUGCCCUACAGCCAUCGGCCCUCCUCCCUGUUCCCAUUGAAUAGUUCCCAUGAUCUUGGCCUCAUCUUGCAGAAGAUCCGGGACAUUCCCUACACGGACCCAAGUGGAAACAACUUGGGCUCAGCGGUGAUCACAGCUCACCGAUACCUCUUGGCACCCGAUGCUCCUGGGCGCCGUCCACAAGCGCCCGGGGUGAUGGUUCUGUUGGUGGAUGAGCCAUUGAGAAGUGACAUCUUCAGCCCAAUCCGUGAGGCCCAGGCUGCUGGGCUCAAGGUGAUGACGUUGGGUUUGGCGGGAGCGGAUCCGGAGCAGCUGCGUCGCUUGGUGCCAGGCGUGGAUCCCAUCCAGAACUUCUUGGCGGUGGAUGAUGGGCCAAGCCUGGACCAGGCAGCCGGUGAUUUGGCAGGAGCGCUGUGUCAGGCAGCCAUGACGACUCAGCCACAUCCAGAGCCUUGCACCGUGCACUGCCCAAAGGGUCAAAAGGGGGAACCUGGAGCAACGGGCCUGAAUGGACAAGCUGGGCCUCCCGGACCCCCUGGGCUCCCAGGAAGAACUGGUUCUCCUGGCCCCCCUGGGCCCCCCGGAAGUGCCAUUACAAAAGGCGAGAGGGGUUUCCCUGGAGCGGAUGGACCCCCGGGAAGUCCUGGUCUCCCUGGGACUCCUGGCAUAAAGGGCUCCCCAGGAUGGCCUGGUCCUCGUGGGGAACCGGGAGAAAGAGGGCCUCGAGGCCCAAAGGGGGAGCCGGGAGAGCCUGGGCAGAUCACUGGAGGGGAAGGGACAGGGAUUCCUGGCAGAAGAGGGGACCCAGGACCUCCGGGCCCCCCUGGACUUCGUGGCCCUUCAGGAGACCCAGGACCUCGGGGUCCCCUCGGGCUUCCUGGAACAUCUGUGAAGGGUGACAAAGGUGAUCGUGGGGAACGGGGACCCCCCGGACCAGGGUUUGGUAAAACUACAGAAGGAGAACCUGGACUUCCGGGCCUUCCCGGAAGUCCUGGACCCCAAGGCCCACUUGGCCCUCCUGGAGAGAAAGGAGAGAAGGGUGACUGUGAGGAUGGGGCCUCAGGUAUCCCAGGACAACCGGGGACCCCGGGUGAGCCGGGCCUUCGGGGACUUCCUGGCCCCAAAGGUAACCAAGGCUUAAAAGGAACCCCGGGUGAAAUUGGAGAAAAAGGUGAACGGGGACUCCCCGGCCCUGCGGGACCCCAGGGGCCGACGGGAAUUGCGGGGCGCCCUGGAGCCGAGGGUCCUGAGGGUCCGCCAGGACCCCCUGGCCGCCGAGGAGAGAAGGGAGAGCCUGGUCGCCCUGGGGACCCAGCAGUGGUGGGUCCUGGUGGUGCUGGAGCCAAAGGAGAAAAGGGAGAUGUGGGGCCUACUGGUCCUAGAGGAGCUGCUGGAGCCAAAGGGGAACAGGGCGCACCUGGGCUAGCUCUUCCUGGAGACCCCGGCCCUAAGGGAGAUCCUGGAGCCCGGGGUCCCAUUGGCCUCACUGGCAGAGCAGGAACUCCAGGUGACCCAGGGACUCCCGGAGAAAAGGGAGACCCUGGGCGGCCUGGCUCUCCCGGACCUGUGGGCCCCCGAGGACGUGAUGGUGAAGCUGGAGAGAAAGGUGACGAAGGUGCUCCGGGUGAGCCAGGUUUGCCUGGAAAAGCAGGCGAGCGAGGCCUUCGGGGGACACCUGGAGUCCGGGGUCCCGUGGGUGAAAAGGGAGACCAAGGAGAUCCUGGAGAGGAUGGACGAAAUGGCAGCCCCGGACCUAAGGGUGAUCGUGGGGAGCCGGGUUCUCCUGGUCCCCCUGGACGGCUGGUGGACGGGGGACUGGAAGGCAGAGAGAAGGGAGAACCUGGAGACCGUGGGCAAGAGGGUCCUCGAGGACCCAAGGGUGACCCUGGUCCCGCUGGAGCCCCCGGGGAGAGGGGCGUGGAUGGGCUCCGGGGACCUCCAGGCCCACAGGGAGAUCCCGGGGUUCGAGGCCCAGCAGGAGAAAAGGGUGACCGAGGCCCCCCUGGUCUGGAUGGCCGCAGUGGGUUGGAUGGAAAGCCAGGAGCCCCCGGCCCUCCUGGGCUGCAUGGUGCUGCAGGCAAAGCGGGGGAACCAGGGAGAGAUGGGCUCCCUGGCCUCCGAGGAGAACAUGGGCCCCCUGGUCUCCCUGGCCCUCCUGGAGCACCGGGAAAGGCGGGAGAAGAUGGCAAACCCGGCCUGAAUGGAAAAAACGGAGAGCCUGGAGACCCUGGAGAAGAUGGGAGAAAGGGGGAAAAGGGAGAUUCAGGAGCCCCUGGGAGAGAAGGUCACGAAGGCCCCAAGGGUGAGCGCGGAGCACCUGGGAGUCCCGGACCCCAGGGUCCCCCGGGUCUCCUGGGACAGGUGGGCCCUCCUGGCCAGGGCUUUCCUGGAGUCCCCGGAAGCGUAGGUCCCAAGGGUGACCGCGGCGAGACUGGCUCCAAAGGCGAACAGGGCCUUCCUGGAGAACGAGGAUUGAGAGGAGAACCUGGGGGCACGGUGAAUGCAGAGCGGUUGCUGGAGACAGUCGGCAUUAAGGCAUCUGCUCUGAGGGAGAUCGUGGAUACCUGGGAUGAGAGUUCUGGAAGCUUCCUGCCUGUACCUGAGCGACAGCGUGGUCCCAAGGGAAACCCGGGCCUGCCUGGCAAAGAUGGCUCCAUUGGUUUUCCCGGAGAACGAGGGCUGAAGGGAGAUCGCGGAGACCCUGGUCCUCAGGGGCCUCCUGGCCUGGCCCUUGGAGAGAGGGGACCCCCAGGGCCCCCUGGCCUUGCUGGGGAGCCUGGGAAACCUGGCAUCCCUGGGCUCCCUGGCCAGGCUGGGGGUAUAGGAGAGGCAGGAAGGCCGGGAGAGAGAGGAGAACGAGGAGAGAAAGGCGAGCGAGGAGAACAGGGCAGAGAUGGCUUUCCUGGCCCCCCAGGGCUCCCUGGUCCUCCUGGCCCGAAGGUGGCCAUCGAUGAGGCAGAUCCUGGACUCGCGGGGAAACAAGGACCUCCUGGACCCAAGGGUGCUAAGGGGGACCCAGGCAGCGAUGGUGACCGAGGUUCCAAAGGAGACCGGGGUACGCCAGGCAUCAAGGGAGACCAAGGCGAGCCCGGACAGAGAGGUCCCAAUGGCAGCCCAGGUUUACCAGGAGAGCGUGGUAUAGCUGGGCCCGAAGGGAAACAGGGUCUACAGGGUCCGAGGGGCGCCCCCGGCCCAGUGGGUGGCCAUGGGGACCCUGGACCUCCCGGUGCCCCGGGUCUCGCUGGUCCUGCAGGGCCCCACGGACCUUCUGGCCUAAAGGGGGAGCCCGGAGAGACAGGACCCCCAGGCCGGGGCCUUCCUGGACCUACUGGAGCCGUGGGACUCCCUGGUCCCCCGGGCCCCUCGGGCCUGGUGGGCCCUCAGGGGUCACCAGGUUUGCCUGGACAAGUGGGGGAGACAGGGAAGCCGGGAGCCCCGGGUCGUGAUGGUACCAACGGGAAGGAUGGAGACAGAGGAAGCCCUGGGGUGUCAGGAUCACCAGGUCUGCCAGGCCCUGUUGGACCCAAAGGAGAACCUGGACCCAUAGGGACCCCUGGACAGGCAGUGGUCGGGCCUCCUGGAGCAAAAGGAGAGAAGGGAGCCCCAGGAGGCCUUGCUGGAGACCUGCUGGGGGAGCCGGGGGCCAAGGGAGACCGAGGAUUGCCAGGGCCCAGGGGCGAGAAGGGUGAAGCUGGCCGGGCAGGAGAGCCGGGAGACCCCGGGGAAGAUGGUCAAAAAGGGGCUCCCGGACUUAAAGGUCACAAGGGUGACCCAGGAGUUGGGGCCCAAGGUCCCCCUGGACCAUCUGGUCUUCCAGGUAUGAAGGGAGAUGUGGGCCCUCCCGGCCCUCCUGGAGCUCCUGGUAUUGUGGGGUUCCCUGGCCAGCCAGGUCCUCGUGGAGAAAUGGGCCAGCCAGGCCCUGGUGGAGAGCGGGGGCUAGCAGGCCUUCCAGGGAGAGAAGGCCCCCCAGGCCCUUUGGGGCCACCCGGACCACCAGGAUCAGUGGGAAACCCCGGGGCCGCUGGACUCAAAGGAGACAAGGGAGACCCUGGAGUGGGGCUGCCCGGGCCCCGAGGGGAGCGUGGAGAGCCAGGUGUCCGGGGUGAAGAUGGCCACCCCGGGCAGGAAGGAGCCCGCGGACUCGUGGGCCCCCCCGGCAGCCGUGGUGACCGAGGGGAGAAGGGCGAUACUGGCUCAGCAGGGAUCAAAGGUGACAAGGGUGACUCGGCUGUGAUUGUGGGGCCUCCAGGAAUUCCGGGUGCCAAAGGGGACAGGGGUGAACGAGGACCUCGGGGCAUAGAUGGUGACAAAGGAUCUCGGGGUGACGUCGGAGAUCCUGGUGACAAGGGUGUGAAAGGAGAACCCGGCGACAAGGGCUCAGCUGGCCCCGUGGGAGCGCGUGGAUUCACAGGACCCAAGGGGGAUCCUGGUGCUACAGGAGUCCCUGGUGACCCGGGAGCCCCAGGAAAGGAUGGAGCCCCCGGUUUCCGAGGAGAGAAAGGAGAUGCUGGCUUCACGGGUCCCCGGGGCUUCAAGGGCGAGCAGGGCGUGAAGGGAGCCUGCGGCCUUGAUGGAGAAAAGGGAGACAAGGGAGAAGCCGGUCUCCCCGGCCGCCCUGGGCUGGCAGGACGGAAAGGAGAGACGGGGGAGCCGGGUAUGCCAGGCCAGUCCGGAGCUCCUGGCAAGGAAGGCUUGAUUGGUCCCAAGGGUGACCGAGGCUUUGAUGGGCAGUUGGGACCCAAAGGUGACCAGGGUGAAAAAGGCGAUCGGGGGCCCCCAGGAAUUGGAGGCUUCCCAGGACCCAGAGGCAGUGAGGGCUCCAGUGGCCCCCCUGGACCUCCUGGAACUGUAGGUCCUAAAGGCCCUGAAGGACUUCAGGGCCAGAAGGGUGAGCGCGGUCCCCCUGGGGAGAGUGUGAUGGGAUCCCCUGGGGCUCCUGGGAGCCCUGGUGAGAGAGGGGAGCAGGGACGGCCAGGGCCUGCCGGCCCCCGCGGCGAGAAGGGAGAGGCUGCCCUGACUGAGGAUGACAUCCGGGGCUUUGUGCGUCAGGAGAUGAGUCAGCAUUGUGCCUGCCAGGGCCAGUUUAUUGCCUCUGGAUCACGACCCCUGUCCAGUUACGCUGCAGAUGCGGCUGGCCCCCAAUCUCACCGGGUACCUGUGCUCCGGGUCUCCCAUGUAGAGGAGGAAGACCAGACGCCCCCUGAAGACGACGAACUCUCCGACUACUCUGAAUACUCUGUCGAGGAAUACCAGGACCCUGAAGUUCCUUGGGAUGACGAAGACCCUUGCUCCCUGCCCCUGGACGAGGGCUCGUGUACCGCCUACACCCUCCGCUGGUACCAUCGAGCCGGGCCAGGCGGCGCGGCCUGUCACCCCUUUGUCUACGGCGGUUGCGAAGGGAAUGCCAACCGUUUCGGGACUCGUGAGGCCUGUGAGCGCCGUUGUCCACCACGGGUGACUGGGAGCCAGAGAACAGGUGCUGCCCAGAGCUGAGGCCCAGACGAUGAUGAUGAUGAUGUUGGGUCAGCGUCCCCCGAAGGC